AGAUCAUACUGGUUUCCUCCUCCGAGAAUCUUGGGCCCACUAGGAUUCCAGCAUGUGUGAACCCUUGGCGAGGAGAGGGGGAUAUGGAGAGGAGGAGGACGACAAGGAUAGCGAGGACGACGAGGAGUCAUCGAGAUGGGGGGAGGAGAAGAGAUGGACGGAGGGAAAAGAGGAAGGGCAGGAGGAGGAGGAAACAUGGACAGCGAGGAAGGGGAGGACACAAGGAAGAGGAGGACACGAGAAGGGAAGGACACGAGGAGGCACGGAAGAUGAGGAAGUACGAGGAGGAGGGGACAAGGAGGAUGAGGAAGGGCAGGAGGAGGAGGAAACAUGGACAGCGAGGAAGGGGAGGACACAAGGAAGAGGAGGACACGAGAAGGGAAGGACACGAGGAGGCACGGAAGAUGAGGAAGUACGAGGAGGAGGGGACAAGGAGGAUGAGGAAGGGCAGGAGGAGGAGGAAACAUGGACAGCGAGGAAGGGGAGGACACAAGGAAGAGGAGGACACGAGAAGGGAAGGACACGAGGAGGCACGGAAGAUGAGGAAGUACGAGGAGGAGGGGACAAGGAGGAUGAGGAAGGGCAGGAGGAGGAGGAAACAUGGACAGCGAGGAAGGGGAGGACACAAGGAAGAGGAGGACACGAGAAGGGAAGGACACGAGGAGGCACGGAAGAUGAGGAAGUACGAGGAGGAGGGGACAAGGAGGAUGAGGAAGGGCAGGAGGAGGAGGAAACAUGGACAGCGAGGAAGGGGAGGACACAAGGAAGAGGAGGACACGAGAAGGGAAGGACACGAGGAGGCACGGAAGAUGAGGAAGUACGAGGAGGAGGGGACAAGGAGGAUGAGGAAGGGCAGGAGGAGGAGGAAACAUGGACAGCGAGGAAGGGGAGGACACAAGGAAGAGGAGGACACGAGAAGGGAAGGACACGAGGAGGCACGGAAGAUGAGGAAGUACGAGGAGGAGGGGACAAGGAGGAUGAGGAAGGGCAGGAGGAGGAGGAAACAUGGACAGCGAGGAAGGGGAGGACACAAGGAAGAGGAGGACACGAGAAGGGAAGGACACGAGGAGGCACGGAAGAUGAGGAAGUACGAGGAGGAGGGGACAAGGAGGAUGAGGAAGGGCAGGAGGAGGAGGAAACAUGGACAGCGAGGAAGGGGAGGACACAAGGAAGAGGAGGACACGAGAAGGGAAGGACACGAGGAGGCACGGAAGAUGAGGAAGUACGAGGAGGAGGGGACAAGGAGGAUGAGGAAGGGCAGGAGGAGGAGGAAACAUGGACAGCGAGGAAGGGGAGGACACAAGGAAGAGGAGGACACGAGAAGGGAAGGACACGAGGAGGCACGGAAGAUGAGGAAGUACGAGGAGGAGGGGACAAGGAGGAUGAGGAAGGGCAGGAGGAGGAGGAAACAUGGACAGCGAGGAAGGGGAGGACACAAGGAAGAGGAGGACACGAGAAGGGAAGGACACGAGGAGGCACGGAAGAUGAGGAAGUACGAGGAGGAGGGGACAAGGAGGAUGAGGAAGGGCAGGAGGAGGAGGAAACAUGGACAGCGAGGAAGGGGAGGACACAAGGAAGAGGAGGACACGAGAAGGGAAGGACACGAGGAGGCACGGAAGAUGAGGAAGUACGAGGAGGAGGGGACAAGGAGGAUGAGGAAGGGCAGGAGGAGGAGGAAACAUGGACAGCGAGGAAGGGGAGGACACAAGGAAGAGGAGGACACGAGAAGGGAAGGACACGAGGAGGCACGGAAGAUGAGGAAGUACGAGGAGGAGGGGACAAGGAGGAUGAGGAAGGGCAGGAGGAGGAGGAAACAUGGACAGCGAGGAAGGGGAGGACACAAGGAAGAGGAGGACACGAGAAGGGAAGGACACGAGGAGGCACGGAAGAUGAGGAAGUACGAGGAGGAGGGGACAAGGAGGAUGAGGAAGGGCAGGAGGAGGAGGAAACAUGGACAGCGAGGAAGGGGAGGACACAAGGAAGAGGAGGACACGAGAAGGGAAGGACACGAGGAGGCACGGAAGAUGAGGAAGUACGAGGAGGAGGGGACAAGGAGGAUGAGGAAGGGCAGGAGGAGGAGGAAACAUGGACAGCGAGGAAGGGGAGGACACAAGGAAGAGGAGGACACGAGAAGGGAAGGACACGAGGAGGCACGGAAGAUGAGGAAGUACGAGGAGGAGGGGACAAGGAGGAUGAGGAAGGGCAGGAGGAGGAGGAAACAUGGACAGCGAGGAAGGGGAGGACACAAGGAAGAGGAGGACACGAGAAGGGAAGGACACGAGGAGGCACGGAAGAUGAGGAAGUACGAGGAGGAGGGGACAAGGAGGAUGAGGAAGGGCAGGAGGAGGAGGAAACAUGGACAGCGAGGAAGGGGAGGACACAAGGAAGAGGAGGACACGAGAAGGGAAGGACACGAGGAGGCACGGAAGAUGAGGAAGUACGAGGAGGAGGGGACAAGGAGGAUGAGGAAGGGCAGGAGGAGGAGGAAACAUGGACAGCGAGGAAGGGGAGGACACAAGGAAGAGGAGGACACGAGAAGGGAAGGACACGAGGAGGCACGGAAGAUGAGGAAGUACGAGGAGGAGGGGACAAGGAGGAUGAGGAAGGGCAGGAGGAGGAGGAAACAUGGACAGCGAGGAAGGGGAGGACACAAGGAAGAGGAGGACACGAGAAGGGAAGGACACGAGGAGGCACGGAAGAUGAGGAAGUACGAGGAGGAGGGGACAAGGAGGAUGAGGAAGGGCAGGAGGAGGAGGAAACAUGGACAGCGAGGAAGGGGAGGACACAAGGAAGAGGAGGACACGAGAAGGGAAGGACACGAGGAGGCACGGAAGAUGAGGAAGUACGAGGAGGAGGGGACAAGGAGGAUGAGGAAGGGCAGGAGGAGGAGGAAACAUGGACAGCGAGGAAGGGGAGGACACAAGGAAGAGGAGGACACGAGAAGGGAAGGACACGAGGAGGCACGGAAGAUGAGGAAGUACGAGGAGGAGGGGACAAGGAGGAUGAGGAAGGGCAGGAGGAGGAGGAAACAUGGACAGCGAGGAAGGGGAGGACACAAGGAAGAGGAGGACACGAGAAGGGAAGGACACGAGGAGGCACGGAAGAUGAGGAAGUACGAGGAGGAGGGGACAAGGAGGAUGAGGAAGGGCAGGAGGAGGAGGAAACAUGGACAGCGAGGAAGGGGAGGACACAAGGAAGAGGAGGACACGAGAAGGGAAGGACACGAGGAGGCACGGAAGAUGAGGAAGUACGAGGAGGAGGGGACAAGGAGGAUGAGGAAGGGCAGGAGGAGGAGGAAACAUGGACAGCGAGGAAGGGGAGGACACAAGGAAGAGGAGGACACGAGAAGGGAAGGACACGAGGAGGCACGGAAGAUGAGGAAGUACGAGGAGGAGGGGACAAGGAGGAUGAGGAAGGGCAGGAGGAGGAGGAAACAUGGACAGCGAGGAAGGGGAGGACACAAGGAAGAGGAGGACACGAGAAGGGAAGGACACGAGGAGGCACGGAAGAUGAGGAAGUACGAGGAGGAGGGGACAAGGAGGAUGAGGAAGGGCAGGAGGAGGAGGAAACAUGGACAGCGAGGAAGGGGAGGACACAAGGAAGAGGAGGACACGAGAAGGGAAGGACACGAGGAGGCACGGAAGAUGAGGAAGUACGAGGAGGAGGGGACAAGGAGGAUGAGGAAGGGCAGGAGGAGGAGGAAACAUGGACAGCGAGGAAGGGGAGGACACAAGGAAGAGGAGGACACGAGAAGGGAAGGACACGAGGAGGCACGGAAGAUGAGGAAGUACGAGGAGGAGGGGACAAGGAGGAUGAGGAAGGGCAGGAGGAGGAGGAAACAUGGACAGCGAGGAAGGGGAGGACACAAGGAAGAGGAGGACACGAGAAGGGAAGGACACGAGGAGGCACGGAAGAUGAGGAAGUACGAGGAGGAGGGGACAAGGAGGAUGAGGAAGGGCAGGAGGAGGAGGAAACAUGGACAGCGAGGAAGGGGAGGACACAAGGAAGAGGAGGACACGAGAAGGGAAGGACACGAGGAGGCACGGAAGAUGAGGAAGUACGAGGAGGAGGGGACAAGGAGGAUGAGGAAGGGCAGGAGGAGGAGGAAACAUGGACAGCGAGGAAGGGGAGGACACAAGGAAGAGGAGGACACGAGAAGGGAAGGACACGAGGAGGCACGGAAGAUGAGGAAGUACGAGGAGGAGGGGACAAGGAGGAUGAGGAAGGGCAGGAGGAGGAGGAAACAUGGACAGCGAGGAAGGGGAGGACACAAGGAAGAGGAGGACACGAGAAGGGAAGGACACGAGGAGGCACGGAAGAUGAGGAAGUACGAGGAGGAGGGGACAAGGAGGAUGAGGAAGGGCAGGAGGAGGAGGAAACAUGGACAGCGAGGAAGGGGAGGACACAAGGAAGAGGAGGACACGAGAAGGGAAGGACACGAGGAGGCACGGAAGAUGAGGAAGUACGAGGAGGAGGGGACAAGGAGGAUGAGGAAGGGCAGGAGGAGGAGGAAACAUGGACAGCGAGGAAGGGGAGGACACAAGGAAGAGGAGGACACGAGAAGGGAAGGACACGAGGAGGCACGGAAGAUGAGGAAGUACGAGGAGGAGGGGACAAGGAGGAUGAGGAAGGGCAGGAGGAGGAGGAAACAUGGACAGCGAGGAAGGGGAGGACACAAGGAAGAGGAGGACACGAGAAGGGAAGGACACGAGGAGGCACGGAAGAUGAGGAAGUACGAGGAGGAGGGGACAAGGAGGAUGAGGAAGGGCAGGAGGAGGAGGAAACAUGGACAGCGAGGAAGGGGAGGACACAAGGAAGAGGAGGACACGAGAAGGGAAGGACACGAGGAGGCACGGAAGAUGAGGAAGUACGAGGAGGAGGGGACAAGGAGGAUGAGGAAGGGCAGGAGGAGGAGGAAACAUGGACAGCGAGGAAGGGGAGGACACAAGGAAGAGGAGGACACGAGAAGGGAAGGACACGAGGAGGCACGGAAGAUGAGGAAGUACGAGGAGGAGGGGACAAGGAGGAUGAGGAAGGGCAGGAGGAGGAGGAAACAUGGACAGCGAGGAAGGGGAGGACACAAGGAAGAGGAGGACACGAGAAGGGAAGGACACGAGGAGGCACGGAAGAUGAGGAAGUACGAGGAGGAGGGGACAAGGAGGAUGAGGAAGGGCAGGAGGAGGAGGAAACAUGGACAGCGAGGAAGGGGAGGACACAAGGAAGAGGAGGACACGAGAAGGGAAGGACACGAGGAGGCACGGAAGAUGAGGAAGUACGAGGAGGAGGGGACAAGGAGGAUGAGGAAGGGCAGGAGGAGGAGGAAACAUGGACAGCGAGGAAGGGGAGGACACAAGGAAGAGGAGGACACGAGAAGGGAAGGACACGAGGAGGCACGGAAGAUGAGGAAGUACGAGGAGGAGGGGACAAGGAGGAUGAGGAAGGGCAGGAGGAGGAGGAAACAUGGACAGCGAGGAAGGGGAGGACACAAGGAAGAGGAGGACACGAGAAGGGAAGGACACGAGGAGGCACGGAAGAUGAGGAAGUACGAGGAGGAGGGGACAAGGAGGAUGAGGAAGGGCAGGAGGAGGAGGAAACAUGGACAGCGAGGAAGGGGAGGACACAAGGAAGAGGAGGACACGAGAAGGGAAGGACACGAGGAGGCACGGAAGAUGAGGAAGUACGAGGAGGAGGGGACAAGGAGGAUGAGGAAGGGCAGGAGGAGGAGGAAACAUGGACAGCGAGGAAGGGGAGGACACAAGGAAGAGGAGGACACGAGAAGGGAAGGACACGAGGAGGCACGGAAGAUGAGGAAGUACGAGGAGGAGGGGACAAGGAGGAUGAGGAAGGGCAGGAGGAGGAGGAAACAUGGACAGCGAGGAAGGGGAGGACACAAGGAAGAGGAGGACACGAGAAGGGAAGGACACGAGGAGGCACGGAAGAUGAGGAAGUACGAGGAGGAGGGGACAAGGAGGAUGAGGAAGGGCAGGAGGAGGAGGAAACAUGGACAGCGAGGAAGGGGAGGACACAAGGAAGAGGAGGACACGAGAAGGGAAGGACACGAGGAGGCACGGAAGAUGAGGAAGUACGAGGAGGAGGGGACAAGGAGGAUGAGGAAGGGCAGGAGGAGGAGGAAACAUGGACAGCGAGGAAGGGGAGGACACAAGGAAGAGGAGGACACGAGAAGGGAAGGACACGAGGAGGCACGGAAGAUGAGGAAGUACGAGGAGGAGGGGACAAGGAGGAUGAGGAAGGGCAGGAGGAGGAGGAAACAUGGACAGCGAGGAAGGGGAGGACACAAGGAAGAGGAGGACACGAGAAGGGAAGGACACGAGGAGGCACGGAAGAUGAGGAAGUACGAGGAGGAGGGGACAAGGAGGAUGAGGAAGGGCAGGAGGAGGAGGAAACAUGGACAGCGAGGAAGGGGAGGACACAAGGAAGAGGAGGACACGAGAAGGGAAGGACACGAGGAGGCACGGAAGAUGAGGAAGUACGAGGAGGAGGGGACAAGGAGGAUGAGGAAGGGCAGGAGGAGGAGGAAACAUGGACAGCGAGGAAGGGGAGGACACAAGGAAGAGGAGGACACGAGAAGGGAAGGACACGAGGAGGCACGGAAGAUGAGGAAGUACGAGGAGGAGGGGACAAGGAGGAUGAGGAAGGGCAGGAGGAGGAGGAAACAUGGACAGCGAGGAAGGGGAGGACACAAGGAAGAGGAGGACACGAGAAGGGAAGGACACGAGGAGGCACGGAAGAUGAGGAAGUACGAGGAGGAGGGGACAAGGAGGAUGAGGAAGGGCAGGAGGAGGAGGAAACAUGGACAGCGAGGAAGGGGAGGACACAAGGAAGAGGAGGACACGAGAAGGGAAGGACACGAGGAGGCACGGAAGAUGAGGAAGUACGAGGAGGAGGGGACAAGGAGGAUGAGGAAGGGCAGGAGGAGGAGGAAACAUGGACAGCGAGGAAGGGGAGGACACAAGGAAGAGGAGGACACGAGAAGGGAAGGACACGAGGAGGCACGGAAGAUGAGGAAGUACGAGGAGGAGGGGACAAGGAGGAUGAGGAAGGGCAGGAGGAGGAGGAAACAUGGACAGCGAGGAAGGGGAGGACACAAGGAAGAGGAGGACACGAGAAGGGAAGGACACGAGGAGGCACGGAAGAUGAGGAAGUACGAGGAGGAGGGGACAAGGAGGAUGAGGAAGGGCAGGAGGAGGAGGAAACAUGGACAGCGAGGAAGGGGAGGACACAAGGAAGAGGAGGACACGAGAAGGGAAGGACACGAGGAGGCACGGAAGAUGAGGAAGUACGAGGAGGAGGGGACAAGGAGGAUGAGGAAGGGCAGGAGGAGGAGGAAACAUGGACAGCGAGGAAGGGGAGGACACAAGGAAGAGGAGGACACGAGAAGGGAAGGACACGAGGAGGCACGGAAGAUGAGGAAGUACGAGGAGGAGGGGACAAGGAGGAUGAGGAAGGGCAGGAGGAGGAGGAAACAUGGACAGCGAGGAAGGGGAGGACACAAGGAAGAGGAGGACACGAGAAGGGAAGGACACGAGGAGGCACGGAAGAUGAGGAAGUACGAGGAGGAGGGGACAAGGAGGAUGAGGAAGGGCAGGAGGAGGAGGAAACAUGGACAGCGAGGAAGGGGAGGACACAAGGAAGAGGAGGACACGAGAAGGGAAGGACACGAGGAGGCACGGAAGAUGAGGAAGUACGAGGAGGAGGGGACAAGGAGGAUGAGGAAGGGCAGGAGGAGGAGGAAACAUGGACAGCGAGGAAGGGGAGGACACAAGGAAGAGGAGGACACGAGAAGGGAAGGACACGAGGAGGCACGGAAGAUGAGGAAGUACGAGGAGGAGGGGACAAGGAGGAUGAGGAAGGGCAGGAGGAGGAGGAAACAUGGACAGCGAGGAAGGGGAGGACACAAGGAAGAGGAGGACACGAGAAGGGAAGGACACGAGGAGGCACGGAAGAUGAGGAAGUACGAGGAGGAGGGGACAAGGAGGAUGAGGAAGGGCAGGAGGAGGAGGAAACAUGGACAGCGAGGAAGGGGAGGACACAAGGAAGAGGAGGACACGAGAAGGGAAGGACACGAGGAGGCACGGAAGAUGAGGAAGUACGAGGAGGAGGGGACAAGGAGGAUGAGGAAGGGCAGGAGGAGGAGGAAACAUGGACAGCGAGGAAGGGGAGGACACAAGGAAGAGGAGGACACGAGAAGGGAAGGACACGAGGAGGCACGGAAGAUGAGGAAGUACGAGGAGGAGGGGACAAGGAGGAUGAGGAAGGGCAGGAGGAGGAGGAAACAUGGACAGCGAGGAAGGGGAGGACACAAGGAAGAGGAGGACACGAGAAGGGAAGGACACGAGGAGGCACGGAAGAUGAGGAAGUACGAGGAGGAGGGGACAAGGAGGAUGAGGAAGGGCAGGAGGAGGAGGAAACAUGGACAGCGAGGAAGGGGAGGACACAAGGAAGAGGAGGACACGAGAAGGGAAGGACACGAGGAGGCACGGAAGAUGAGGAAGUACGAGGAGGAGGGGACAAGGAGGAUGAGGAAGGGCAGGAGGAGGAGGAAACAUGGACAGCGAGGAAGGGGAGGACACAAGGAAGAGGAGGACACGAGAAGGGAAGGACACGAGGAGGCACGGAAGAUGAGGAAGUACGAGGAGGAGGGGACAAGGAGGAUGAGGAAGGGCAGGAGGAGGAGGAAACAUGGACAGCGAGGAAGGGGAGGACACAAGGAAGAGGAGGACACGAGAAGGGAAGGACACGAGGAGGCACGGAAGAUGAGGAAGUACGAGGAGGAGGGGACAAGGAGGAUGAGGAAGGGCAGGAGGAGGAGGAAACAUGGACAGCGAGGAAGGGGAGGACACAAGGAAGAGGAGGACACGAGAAGGGAAGGACACGAGGAGGCACGGAAGAUGAGGAAGUACGAGGAGGAGGGGACAAGGAGGAUGAGGAAGGGCAGGAGGAGGAGGAAACAUGGACAGCGAGGAAGGGGAGGACACAAGGAAGAGGAGGACACGAGAAGGGAAGGACACGAGGAGGCACGGAAGAUGAGGAAGUACGAGGAGGAGGGGACAAGGAGGAUGAGGAAGGGCAGGAGGAGGAGGAAACAUGGACAGCGAGGAAGGGGAGGACACAAGGAAGAGGAGGACACGAGAAGGGAAGGACACGAGGAGGCACGGAAGAUGAGGAAGUACGAGGAGGAGGGGACAAGGAGGAUGAGGAAGGGCAGGAGGAGGAGGAAACAUGGACAGCGAGGAAGGGGAGGACACAAGGAAGAGGAGGACACGAGAAGGGAAGGACACGAGGAGGCACGGAAGAUGAGGAAGUACGAGGAGGAGGGGACAAGGAGGAUGAGGAAGGGCAGGAGGAGGAGGAAACAUGGACAGCGAGGAAGGGGAGGACACAAGGAAGAGGAGGACACGAGAAGGGAAGGACACGAGGAGGCACGGAAGAUGAGGAAGUACGAGGAGGAGGGGACAAGGAGGAUGAGGAAGGGCAGGAGGAGGAGGAAACAUGGACAGCGAGGAAGGGGAGGACACAAGGAAGAGGAGGACACGAGAAGGGAAGGACACGAGGAGGCACGGAAGAUGAGGAAGUACGAGGAGGAGGGGACAAGGAGGAUGAGGAAGGGCAGGAGGAGGAGGAAACAUGGACAGCGAGGAAGGGGAGGACACAAGGAAGAGGAGGACACGAGAAGGGAAGGACACGAGGAGGCACGGAAGAUGAGGAAGUACGAGGAGGAGGGGACAAGGAGGAUGAGGAAGGGCAGGAGGAGGAGGAAACAUGGACAGCGAGGAAGGGGAGGACACAAGGAAGAGGAGGACACGAGAAGGGAAGGACACGAGGAGGCACGGAAGAUGAGGAAGUACGAGGAGGAGGGGACAAGGAGGAUGAGGAAGGGCAGGAGGAGGAGGAAACAUGGACAGCGAGGAAGGGGAGGACACAAGGAAGAGGAGGACACGAGAAGGGAAGGACACGAGGAGGCACGGAAGAUGAGGAAGUACGAGGAGGAGGGGACAAGGAGGAUGAGGAAGGGCAGGAGGAGGAGGAAACAUGGACAGCGAGGAAGGGGAGGACACAAGGAAGAGGAGGACACGAGAAGGGAAGGACACGAGGAGGCACGGAAGAUGAGGAAGUACGAGGAGGAGGGGACAAGGAGGAUGAGGAAGGGCAGGAGGAGGAGGAAACAUGGACAGCGAGGAAGGGGAGGACACAAGGAAGAGGAGGACACGAGAAGGGAAGGACACGAGGAGGCACGGAAGAUGAGGAAGUACGAGGAGGAGGGGACAAGGAGGAUGAGGAAGGGCAGGAGGAGGAGGAAACAUGGACAGCGAGGAAGGGGAGGACACAAGGAAGAGGAGGACACGAGAAGGGAAGGACACGAGGAGGCACGGAAGAUGAGGAAGUACGAGGAGGAGGGGACAAGGAGGAUGAGGAAGGGCAGGAGGAGGAGGAAACAUGGACAGCGAGGAAGGGGAGGACACAAGGAAGAGGAGGACACGAGAAGGGAAGGACACGAGGAGGCACGGAAGAUGAGGAAGUACGAGGAGGAGGGGACAAGGAGGAUGAGGAAGGGCAGGAGGAGGAGGAAACAUGGACAGCGAGGAAGGGGAGGACACAAGGAAGAGGAGGACACGAGAAGGGAAGGACACGAGGAGGCACGGAAGAUGAGGAAGUACGAGGAGGAGGGGACAAGGAGGAUGAGGAAGGGCAGGAGGAGGAGGAAACAUGGACAGCGAGGAAGGGGAGGACACAAGGAAGAGGAGGACACGAGAAGGGAAGGACACGAGGAGGCACGGAAGAUGAGGAAGUACGAGGAGGAGGGGACAAGGAGGAUGAGGAAGGGCAGGAGGAGGAGGAAACAUGGACAGCGAGGAAGGGGAGGACACAAGGAAGAGGAGGACACGAGAAGGGAAGGACACGAGGAGGCACGGAAGAUGAGGAAGUACGAGGAGGAGGGGACAAGGAGGAUGAGGAAGGGCAGGAGGAGGAGGAAACAUGGACAGCGAGGAAGGGGAGGACACAAGGAAGAGGAGGACACGAGAAGGGAAGGACACGAGGAGGCACGGAAGAUGAGGAAGUACGAGGAGGAGGGGACAAGGAGGAUGAGGAAGGGCAGGAGGAGGAGGAAACAUGGACAGCGAGGAAGGGGAGGACACAAGGAAGAGGAGGACACGAGAAGGGAAGGACACGAGGAGGCACGGAAGAUGAGGAAGUACGAGGAGGAGGGGACAAGGAGGAUGAGGAAGGGCAGGAGGAGGAGGAAACAUGGACAGCGAGGAAGGGGAGGACACAAGGAAGAGGAGGACACGAGAAGGGAAGGACACGAGGAGGCACGGAAGAUGAGGAAGUACGAGGAGGAGGGGACAAGGAGGAUGAGGAAGGGCAGGAGGAGGAGGAAACAUGGACAGCGAGGAAGGGGAGGACACAAGGAAGAGGAGGACACGAGAAGGGAAGGACACGAGGAGGCACGGAAGAUGAGGAAGUACGAGGAGGAGGGGACAAGGAGGAUGAGGAAGGGCAGGAGGAGGAGGAAACAUGGACAGCGAGGAAGGGGAGGACACAAGGAAGAGGAGGACACGAGAAGGGAAGGACACGAGGAGGCACGGAAGAUGAGGAAGUACGAGGAGGAGGGGACAAGGAGGAUGAGGAAGGGCAGGAGGAGGAGGAAACAUGGACAGCGAGGAAGGGGAGGACACAAGGAAGAGGAGGACACGAGAAGGGAAGGACACGAGGAGGCACGGAAGAUGAGGAAGUACGAGGAGGAGGGGACAAGGAGGAUGAGGAAGGGCAGGAGGAGGAGGAAACAUGGACAGCGAGGAAGGGGAGGACACAAGGAAGAGGAGGACACGAGAAGGGAAGGACACGAGGAGGCACGGAAGAUGAGGAAGUACGAGGAGGAGGGGACAAGGAGGAUGAGGAAGGGCAGGAGGAGGAGGAAACAUGGACAGCGAGGAAGGGGAGGACACAAGGAAGAGGAGGACACGAGAAGGGAAGGACACGAGGAGGCACGGAAGAUGAGGAAGGGAGGACACAAGGAAGAGGAGGACACGAGAAGGGAAGGACACGAGGAGGCACGGAAGAUGAGGAAGUACGAGGAGGAGGGGACAAGGAGGAUGAGGAAGGGCAGGAGGAGGAGGAAACAUGGACAGCGAGGAAGGGGAGGACACAAGGAAGAGGAGGACACGAGAAGGGAAGGACACGAGGAGGCACGGAAGAUGAGGAAGUACGAGGAGGAGGGGACAAGGAGGAUGAGGAAGGGCAGGAGGAGGAGGAAACAUGGACAGCGAGGAAGGGGAGGACACAAGGAAGAGGAGGACACGAGAAGGGAAGGACACGAGGAGGCACGGAAGAUGAGGAAGUACGAGGAGGAGGGGACAAGGAGGAUGAGGAAGGGCAGGAGGAGGAGGAAACAUGGACAGCGAGGAAGGGGAGGACACAAGGAAGAGGAGGACACGAGAAGGGAAGGACACGAGGAGGCACGGAAGAUGAGGAAGUACGAGGAGGAGGGGACAAGGAGGAUGAGGAAGGGCAGGAGGAGGAGGAAACAUGGACAGCGAGGAAGGGGAGGACACAAGGAAGAGGAGGACACGAGAAGGGAAGGACACGAGGAGGCACGGAAGAUGAGGAAGUACGAGGAGGAGGGGACAAGGAGGAUGAGGAAGGGCAGGAGGAGGAGGAAACAUGGACAGCGAGGAAGGGGAGGACACAAGGAAGAGGAGGACACGAGAAGGGAAGGACACGAGGAGGCACGGAAGAUGAGGAAGUACGAGGAGGAGGGGACAAGGAGGAUGAGGAAGGGCAGGAGGAGGAGGAAACAUGGACAGCGAGGAAGGGGAGGACACAAGGAAGAGGAGGACACGAGAAGGGAAGGACACGAGGAGGCACGGAAGAUGAGGAAGUACGAGGAGGAGGGGACAAGGAGGAUGAGGAAGGGCAGGAGGAGGAGGAAACAUGGACAGCGAGGAAGGGGAGGACACAAGGAAGAGGAGGACACGAGAAGGGAAGGACACGAGGAGGCACGGAAGAUGAGGAAGUACGAGGAGGAGGGGACAAGGAGGAUGAGGAAGGGCAGGAGGAGGAGGAAACAUGGACAGCGAGGAAGGGGAGGACACAAGGAAGAGGAGGACACGAGAAGGGAAGGACACGAGGAGGCACGGAAGAUGAGGAAGUACGAGGAGGAGGGGACAAGGAGGAUGAGGAAGGGCAGGAGGAGGAGGAAACAUGGACAGCGAGGAAGGGGAGGACACAAGGAAGAGGAGGACACGAGAAGGGAAGGACACGAGGAGGCACGGAAGAUGAGGAAGUACGAGGAGGAGGGGACAAGGAGGAUGAGGAAGGGCAGGAGGAGGAGGAAACAUGGACAGCGAGGAAGGGGAGGACACAAGGAAGAGGAGGACACGAGAAGGGAAGGACACGAGGAGGCACGGAAGAUGAGGAAGUACGAGGAGGAGGGGACAAGGAGGAUGAGGAAGGGCAGGAGGAGGAGGAAACAUGGACAGCGAGGAAGGGGAGGACACAAGGAAGAGGAGGACACGAGAAGGGAAGGACACGAGGAGGCACGGAAGAUGAGGAAGUACGAGGAGGAGGGGACAAGGAGGAUGAGGAAGGGCAGGAGGAGGAGGAAACAUGGACAGCGAGGAAGGGGAGGACACAAGGAAGAGGAGGACACGAGAAGGGAAGGACACGAGGAGGCACGGAAGAUGAGGAAGUACGAGGAGGAGGGGACAAGGAGGAUGAGGAAGGGCAGGAGGAGGAGGAAACAUGGACAGCGAGGAAGGGGAGGACACAAGGAAGAGGAGGACACGAGAAGGGAAGGACACGAGGAGGCACGGAAGAUGAGGAAGUACGAGGAGGAGGGGACAAGGAGGAUGAGGAAGGGCAGGAGGAGGAGGAAACAUGGACAGCGAGGAAGGGGAGGACACAAGGAAGAGGAGGACACGAGAAGGGAAGGACACGAGGAGGCACGGAAGAUGAGGAAGUACGAGGAGGAGGGGACAAGGAGGAUGAGGAAGGGCAGGAGGAGGAGGAAACAUGGACAGCGAGGAAGGGGAGGACACAAGGAAGAGGAGGACACGAGAAGGGAAGGACACGAGGAGGCACGGAAGAUGAGGAAGUACGAGGAGGAGGGGACAAGGAGGAUGAGGAAGGGCAGGAGGAGGAGGAAACAUGGACAGCGAGGAAGGGGAGGACACAAGGAAGAGGAGGACACGAGAAGGGAAGGACACGAGGAGGCACGGAAGAUGAGGAAGUACGAGGAGGAGGGGACAAGGAGGAUGAGGAAGGGCAGGAGGAGGAGGAAACAUGGACAGCGAGGAAGGGGAGGACACAAGGAAGAGGAGGACACGAGAAGGGAAGGACACGAGGAGGCACGGAAGAUGAGGAAGUACGAGGAGGAGGGGACAAGGAGGAUGAGGAAGGGCAGGAGGAGGAGGAAACAUGGACAGCGAGGAAGGGGAGGACACAAGGAAGAGGAGGACACGAGAAGGGAAGGACACGAGGAGGCACGGAAGAUGAGGAAGUACGAGGAGGAGGGGACAAGGAGGAUGAGGAAGGGCAGGAGGAGGAGGAAACAUGGACAGCGAGGAAGGGGAGGACACAAGGAAGAGGAGGACACGAGAAGGGAAGGACACGAGGAGGCACGGAAGAUGAGGAAGUACGAGGAGGAGGGGACAAGGAGGAUGAGGAAGGGCAGGAGGAGGAGGAAACAUGGACAGCGAGGAAGGGGAGGACACAAGGAAGAGGAGGACACGAGAAGGGAAGGACACGAGGAGGCACGGAAGAUGAGGAAGUACGAGGAGGAGGGGACAAGGAGGAUGAGGAAGGGCAGGAGGAGGAGGAAACAUGGACAGCGAGGAAGGGGAGGACACAAGGAAGAGGAGGACACGAGAAGGGAAGGACACGAGGAGGCACGGAAGAUGAGGAAGUACGAGGAGGAGGGGACAAGGAGGAUGAGGAAGGGCAGGAGGAGGAGGACAAACAGAAGGACGAGUCGAAGGAGAUGAAAAGGAGAAGGGAGGAGGAGACAUGGGAUGAGGAAGGGGAGAAAGAGCAAGGUGAGGCAGUACUCCUGUAAUAUUUUUUUUCAUCUUGCUGAUAAUUUUGGCGGGGGGCCUCCAACGCACCAUUUCGACCCCGGCCUUUUUUUUUCCUGAGGGGGGUGACGGAUCAUUCCCCUCAUAUGUCAUGCACCGCACGGGAUCGGUUGGGCACCUGUGCCGCACAUAGGGAACCGCCCGCACGACGUGCGCUUGCAAGUAUGGUAAAUAGACGAGAAAUCCUAGGAAGGCCCCAACAAACUGGAGACUCACGU